UUCAGCAUUUUGACUGUUGUAUUUCAUAGUUCAUGUCAACUAUAUACAAAGAAUUGAAAAUAAAUAAAGUAGGGCUCCCAAUACAUUUUUUCGGCAUUCUACACGUUUACAGUGGGUAUUAUUAAUAGUAUUGAGUAAUGGAGGGUACAGAUUUAAAUGCAAUUUUUCCAAGGCUGCCCCCUUACGAACCUCCUCCACGAUGGAUACCUCCGAAAGAUCGCAUUCAUGAUCCCGACUACAGUAACGACCUGCAGGAGUUUCUGCCUCGCAGUUUGGUCCUCAGGCGCAACAAAGCAUCCGAAGCGCUUGGGUUUAAUGUAAGAGGUGGAAAGGAACAUAACUGUGGAAUCUAUGUGUCCAAGGUGAUGCCAAACAGUGAAGCUGAUAGGCUAGGAUUAAAAGAAGGACACCAAAUACUUUCAGUGAAUGAUGCAGACUUUGAAAAUAUGGACCAUUCUGAUGCAGUGAAAGCCUUGAAAAUGAACACAACAAUUCACAUGACUGUUCGUUUCUUUCCAUAUGGAUAUGAACGAACAUAUGACAAGAACCGGCACCAAUCAUCGUCAUCAUCCAAUCAGUCGCCAAGCUACAGGUGAUUUAUGGGAUCACUACCUAGAAUAAACCUGCCCAUAUAUCACACAUCUAUGGGUGAAUAUAAAACAGAUUAGUUCUUAAAAAUGAAGAGCAUUUAUGAUACAAGAAUGUGACAGAACUUUUUAUAACAGAACAUAUUCUAGAAAUUUCAUUGACAAAGAAAAUUGUGUGUUUGGAAAUCAUUUGUGCCAUGAGCUGUCAUCUUAAACUUAACCUUUGAAAACCAGUGUCACACUAAGCUAAAGGGAGUUGUGAUUAGGUGUAUUUCCUACACCACAUCACUUAAUCUUUGGCAGUAAGUUUAUGUUGUUCCUAUGUAUUUUUUGACUGUUUUUUACACUGAAAGUUGAAAGGAGUUUUGAAACACAGGGUAUAGGCACAUUCCUCCUUUUGACUGAUUUGGGGGAUGUAUUUUUCUGUUGUGCAUUUCUCACGUAUGAUUGUCUUUCCCAUAUAUAAUUGUUUUUCCCAUGUAUUAUUUUCUGCUUCAUGUAAUUAUUUUUUUUUUUUUUUACAAACAGUUUGUUUUGCUGAGAAAGAAAAAAUUCCAUAUGAGCCUUGUAUAUUUUAAUGGGCAAAAAAAUCCCCAAAGUUGAUGCUCUGAGCCUUAAGAAAGGCAUCUUUACAAUGUGUAUAAUUUUUCUUAUUGCAUUCCAUGUGGAAUUCCAUUGAGUGAAAUUUGGUGAUGUGUAGAGAAAACGUUUAUGUAUGUGGGGCUAUGUUUCACAGCAGUGUUUCAUAUUUUUUUAAUGUUUAAAAAUAAAUCAUUGACUAUGCAAAGCAAAAAUGUAUAUUUUUUACUUAAGCUUAAAUACAUGUUGUGACAGUGAAAUUGAAAAUAUAUGCUAGAAUAUUACAGUUUUGAUACAUUCUUGCAAAACAUGCCAGAAUCGUACUGAAUUAUGACUAUUAAGAAGUAAAAUUUUGAGAAU